AUAGAGAGCACUCUGGCAAGGCCCCCGAACUGAGCUGCAGCAGACAUUACACUGGAGGAAGCAGCCACUGCACUAUGCUCUCCAGAUGAAGGACUGUCUGUAAGAUCUGGAAUGAAGCUCACAGGAUGAUCCGAUUACCUGACCAAAAAGGCUAAUUUGGAGAAGAUUCAAAUAAAGCAAGUGUGCCAUCAUGAUGUCAGUUCACUCAAAUAAUGCAAGCAAAGAGAUGUUCAAUCACUCCUUCUGCUUUUCCAAUAACACAAUCACAUUCCCAACCCUCAGCACUGUCCUAGCCUCAGGCGUGUUUUGUACACUGGGCCUCAGCUCCAACAUGUUUGCCUUUGUGGUACUAGUCAAGUCCUUCCUGCGAACACAAAGUCGCUCUCGUUCAUCCUUCCUUCUCUUCCUAUGCAGCCUGGUGGUGACUGAUUUCAUGGGCCUGCUGGUCACUGGAACCAUUGUUAUUGCUUACCACAUCAGAAAGAUCAAGUGGAUGGUUCUGGAUCCCUACUGUCACCUCUGCAACUUCAUGGGCAUGUCCAUGGUGUUCUAUGGCCUGUGCCCUCUCCUUCUGAGUGCCACAAUGGCCGCAGAACGAUUUGUAGGCAUCACUCAUCCCUUCGCCCGUUCCAGCAACAUGUCAAAGAGCCGAGCAUGUAUCAUGGUAGCCAGUGUGUGGAUGACGGCUGGGUGCAUCAGCCUGUUGCCUCUGCUCGGUCUGGGCAGCUACCACCUCCAGAGCCCAGGGUCAUGGUGCUUCCUAAACAUCAGCUCUAUGCCCCUGGAUAUGGCCUUUUGCCUGGUGUUCUCAGUGGUCGGGCUGAUGUCUCUGGUCGUGUCCUUCAUCCUGAACACAGUGAGUGUGGUCACCUUGCUGAGGGUCUGCUGUGGACAGGACUCCAAUCAGCGCCGGAGAGACUACGAGGUGGAGAUGAUGGUGCAGCUCAUCCUUAUCAUGGUCAUUGCAUCAAUCUGCUGGUAUCCACUGCUUGUGUUUAUUGCACAAACAGUGUUGUCUGCAUCACAGCUGGACAGCCACACCCUGCUGCUCUAUAUUCGCUUUGCCACCUGGAACCAGAUCCUGGAUCCCUGGGUCUACAUCCUCUUCCGCCGUUCCAUACUGAAGCGGGUCUAUCCUCGAAUGGACUGGUCUCGUGGCUCCAUCAUUAGCCCCUACCCACCCUUCAGCACUUUGCGUAGACUCACUCGUUCUUCUAUAGGGCAUCCUGCCAGUCUCAAUGAGCAAACCUCAGAAGAAUUAAAGCAGGAAGAUGCUUUCCUGUCAAUGCAGAGAGUCUCUCAUCAUUCAUGAUCAACUCUCAGGACCUUCGGUUUAAUGCUUCAAGAGGCAUUUAUGUUUAUGUAAAUUCUAUUUUAUUAAAAUACCCCAAAACUUA